AGAUACAAUAACAACAACAACAAACAAAUGGAUGAGGAUUAUACAAAGCCUGUGUAUGACUUAUAUGCACACAUUAGCUCAGAGAAGCGGAUCAGCGAUGAGUUUGCUGCUUUAGAAGUGGAGUUUCAAUCACACAACCAACAGACUCUUGAAGGAACAUUGAAGCACAAUACACCAAAGAAUCGUUACACUAAUAUACUACCAUGUGAUUCAACAAGAGUCAAACUUGAGAAGAUAGAUGGACAGGAGGGAUCAGACUACAUAAAUGCUAACUUUAUCAAUGGAGAGUAUGAGAAGCAGUAUAUCUGCACACAGGGACCUCUACAGAACACUAUUGUGGACUUUUGGAGGAUGGUCUGGGAGAACAAUAGUAGGAUCAUUGUGAUGCUCUCAAAGGAGCUGGAGAACUAUAGACCCAAGUGCGAUCGAUACUGGUCCGACAAUCAAACAAGAACAAUCACACACUACCAGUACGAGGGAUGGCCUGAUCAUAAUGCUCCAAAUGAUACGGAGCCACUGCGCCAUCUGUUGCACAUGAUCAAUGCCACCCAGAACAGUCUGAAGAGGGAGGGCAUUGCAAGUCCUUUUGUUGUACACUGCAGUGCAGGUGUAGGCCGUACCGGAACAUUCUGUACCGUUCACAUGAUGAUGAGCAGGAUUGACAACACCGUCCCUGGUCACAGGAUUGACUUUAACAUAUUUAACAUUGUCAAGAACCUUAGGAAGCAGAGACCUGGAAUGGUACAACAAUUGGAACAAUAUCUAUUUUGUUAUGCGACAAUAGCAGAUGAACUUAGGGAGAGAGACAGUAACAAUGAGGGCAUCAACAACAAUAACAACAAUAGUAGUGACGAAGACGAUAAUGAUAGUGAUGACGACAAUCAUCACAACAACAACGACAACAAUAAGAACAACAACAGGAACAACAACAAGGAUCACCUGGUA